AUGACUCCGCUAGCACGCGUAGUUAUUUUCGCAGCUCUAGCUAUGGCCCUAGCCACCCCUAUUACUGCCCAGAACACCUCGUGUCUGACGUCGCAGUUCUUGGACAAGACCACUGGCGAAUGCGUUGCCUACGCGAGCCGAGGUGAAAAGGCUCAAAGUAACUACGACCAGAUAAUUGAUUCGGGUAACACAGCGUGGAUGAUAAUAGCUAGCGCUCUAGUGAUGAUCAUGACACCGGGCGUCGCCUUCUUCUACGCUGGUCUUGCCGGUGAAGAAAUGGCGUCCAACACCAUCAUGAUGUCGUUCGUGAGCAUGGCCCUUGUGUCCAUUCAAUUCUGGGCCUUCGGAUACUCGACAGCUUUCGGAUCCAACGGUAUUUUUGUUUGGAGCGGGUACAAUAAUGUGGGGCAGUCCCCCAGCGGCACAUACGACACUGAAAUCCCUCACACUUUAUUUGCCUUCUUCCAGACGCAAUUCGCCAUGAUCAGUCCUGCGCUACUCAGUGGCGGUAUUGUGGGGCGCAUGAAAUAUGGAUCGUUUUUGCUUUUCAUCUUCCUGUGGACAUCACUGGUGUACGAUCCAUUGGCUCACUGGAUGUGGUCGCUCAAGCUCGAUGACUCGUGGGCGAUUACCGCGAUGGGUUGGGAGGGCAAGAUGGGAUCACUUGACUUUGCGGGAGGCACCGUUAUCCACAUUUCGAGUGGAUUUGGAGCCCUUGCGGCUGCUCUUAUGGUCGGAAAGCGAUACAACCACGGAGAACCAGUCAAGCCCCACAACGUGCCGUUAGUGAUGAUUGGUCUAACUCUGUUGUGGUUCGGCUGGUUUGGCUUCAACGCCGGUUCGGAAGGUGCUGCUGACGGAAUCGCUGCCACAGCUGCUAUUAAUACUCAUUUAGCAGCGAGUGCGGGAUUCUUGACGUGGGUAUGUCUGGAAUUUGUCAUGUCUACCAAGUUUGAUCCUUGUGGAGCUGCUACUGGUGCUGUGGCUGGUCUGGUUGCUAUCACCCCCGCUUGUGGUUAUGUGUAUCCGUGGGCAUCGGUGACCUUCGGCGUAGUUGGUGCCGCCACGGGGUUCACUGCUAUUCACAUGAAGAACCACCUGCGCUACGACGACACCCUUGACUCGUUCGCUAUCCACGGCUGUGUUGGUGUCAUGGGCGGUCUCAUGACAGGUCUGUUUGCUACGUCAGACGUCAACCCGAACAUCAAGGGUGGUGCCUUCUACGGCAAUGGUGCCCAAUUCACGCACCAAUUGGUUUCUCAGUGCGUAGCUGCGGCUUACUCAUUCGUAGUAACGAUUAUCAUCCUGUACCUGAUAAAGAUCACGAUUGGUCUUCGUGUGGAUGAAGAUAACGAGGUGAACGGGAUUGAUCUUACGUACCAUGGCGGCUUCGCGUACGACUACAGACCACAGGAUUAUGCCGUGAAGACUGAAAAUAGUGACUCAAGCGAUUAUUUUAUUGUGGGUGCUCCGGACCAAUCGUAA